GAAGAUAUUCAAAGUAAUCGAAGCAGAGCAAACGCUGAGGAUCAUUUCGUUGUUGACGUCGUGAAAAACAAGACAAAUACAUACGCAUAUAGAUACAAGAAGAGAGAAAAGAGAGAGAAUCGAUGGCAAAUUAUUAUGUGCGAGCGGUACCCCCGCCGGAUCUAAACAAGAACACAGAAUGGUUUACAUAUCCAGGUGUAUGGACAACAUAUAUUUUGAUUCUCUUCUUUUCUUGGCUUGUUGUUCUCUCUGUUCUCAAUUGUUCUCCUGGGAUUGCUUGGACUGUUGUUCAUCUCGCUCAUGCCUUUAUUACAUAUCAGUGCUUUCACUGGAAGAAGGGAACACCUUUUUCUGACGACCAGGGUAUCUACAAUAGGUUGACAUGGUGGGAGCAAAUAGAUAACGGGAAUCAGCUAACUCGGAAUAGGAAGUUUUUGACUGUUGUUCCUGUUGUGCUGUACCUGAUAGCCUCCCAUACAACUGAUUAUCAAAACCCGAUGCUCUUUCUCAACACAGUGGCCGUCUUUGUGCUAGUAGUUGCUAAGUUCCCCAACAUGCACAAGGUUCGGAUAUUUGGUAUCAAUGCGGAUCAAUAAGCUGGUAUCCUAUCGAAGAAAUACAACCCUGGUCGACUCCAAGCUAUAUCUAUAUUUUGAAACCAACAUUUUGGAACUUGAUUGUUACUGUAAUACCCUUGUAAGGAUCUGUUAAAAUGAUAAGGUUAUAUUACGUCAUAUUUUCUCUGUUC